AUGGGAAGCACUAUCACCGUCGACAUCUCGGACCGCAUCGCGACUAUCACCCUCAACCGACCUGCGAGCCUUAACGCCAUCACCACUGACGACUACGACGCGUUCGCGAAUGCGUUGAGAGAGAUUGACAAGAAUGAGGAUGUGCUCAUCACAGUGUGGCAAGCUACUGGCAAAUGGUUCUGCGCCGGCACAGAUGUCAAGCGCUCGGGAAACAAUCCUGCAGACUCCAUCGGGAGCGUGCGCAAGGCGCUGAAGAAUAAUGUCGUGAGCACGACGACGGACUGCGGCAAGGCGCUCUACUCCCAUAGCAAGAUUCUGGUAGCGGCUCUCAAUGGGCCUGUGAUGGCCUUCCUCGGCUACUUCGAUUUCAUCUACGCCCUCCCGAGCGUAUGGCUGGCUGUUCCUUUCACUUUCCUUGGUAUUGUUGCUGAAGGAGGAGCUAGCGUCAGCUUCGUCAAUCGAAUGGGAGUAGCAGUUGCCAACGAGGUUCUGAUCUGGGGCAAGAAAAAGACAGCCGACGAGCUCCUAGCUUGCGGUUUCCUCAAUAAAAUAUUCCCAAACCAAAGCGCCGAGUCCUUCCACGCAGAAGUGCGGAAACUGCUCCUCGAUGAGCUGUCCGGACUCGACCCAACCGCACUGUUGGUGAUGCGGAGUCUUAUCCGCCGAGGGCUGCACGAGAAAAACGACCCGGACGCUGUGAAUCUGCGCGAGAGCUACGCUCAAGCGGAACGGUUUGCGAGUGGAAUACCUGCGCUCCAGUUCUCGAGAAUCGCGCGCAAGGAGAUUAAGCACAAACUAUGA